CUCGUCACAAGAAGUAAUGGAGUGUUGCAGUUUAGCACAGUGUGGUGUUCAUCGUAACUUAAAAUAAGUCUUUAAAACAUUUAUUUCUCCUAUGACAAGAAUUCGUGUUACAAAAUAUCUACUGCAACAUGUAUAUUCACUUGAAUAUAUAGUAGUAUGUUCUUGAAAUUGGGUUAGGUUAGGUUCACGUGAUAGCCAAAUACUUUUACUGUUUACAUAAGAAAAUAGUUAAUAAUUAAUAUGAAUGAAGUUUCGGAAAAGGACUUUAAAAGUUUGUAUCCUGCGUUAAAAGAUGCAAUAAACGAUGCGUGUUUCAUUGCGAUUGACGCUGAAUUUACGGGAAUCAGUAAGGAUGAAGAUCUGAAACACAGUUUAUUCGACACCCUCGACGAACGUUAUCAAAAUCUUAAGAAGAACAUCGAACAAUACAAGAUCAUACAAUUUGGCAUUACCCUGUUUCGUCAUUCAAAAGAGAACGCCUACAGAGCGGAUUGUUACAGCUUCCAUUUACUUCAAAAACCGUUGCCAUUCAAAAAUAGGCAACUCACGUUUCAACUAUCGGCUCUAGAGUUCCUCUGUUUGCACAAAUUCGACUUUAACAAAUUAAUAAGCGAGGGUAUUUCAUGUCUCGACGAUGCAGACGAGGAGUUCCUAAGAACUCACAUAGAAAAUGGCAACUUGAUAAACGAUUCAGAACUUCUAUCGUACGAGGAAAAAGAAGAUUUCAAGAAUUGUAUAAAUAUGGUUUCGGAGUGGCUUUCGCAGAACCCUGAGCCGGAACCCUUAAAGUUACCGGCUGGGACUCCUAUUUUACAAUACAUGAUGCAAAAACAAUUGAGGGACAGUAUUAAAAACAUCUGGACUACAUCGGGAUAUAAAACUGUGGAUGUUUUACGGGUACCAAAGGAAGUGCGAGAUCACUUAGAAGAGGAAGAUAACAAUCGUUUGGAAGAUGAAUUGUUAGAUUCAUACAUAGGAUUCUCGAAAGUAUUUAAACUCUUGUCAGCCUGUAAAAAACCGUUCAUAGGACACAACAUGCUGUUAGACUUGAUGUUCAUUCAUCAACAGUUCUACAAGCCUCUUCCAGAUUCGUAUAAACAGUUUAAAAGCAAUGUACACGCGUUGUUUCCACGGCUGUACGACACAAAGUACAUAAGUUUUCAAUUUAAAAAACUGUUCAGGAGAGACGAAGUCUACUGGAAACUUAAUUCGCUGAGGGCUUUGUAUGAGUAUUUUAAGUCGAGCGGUGUACAAUUGUCGUUCAACUGUCCGUCGAUCAGAUCAGAUAAAAAUUUAUCAGGUACGGAGACUUAUCAUAAUGCUGGGUUUGAUUCUUACUGCGCGGGGUACAUAUUUAUAAAAAUGGCACACGUGUUCUGCGUUAAGAAAUUCGGAUCUGGAAUAGAAUGCAAACCUGUCACCAAUACUGAGCUGAUGAGCGCCGUGAAGCAUUUGGAAAAUUGUGUAAAUAUAUCGAGGGGCAACGAAAUGUACAUGAGAUUCGGCGGGAACGAUCCGAGCUUAUCGAGACCGGAAUGGCUACACGUGAAAUUAAAAUCCCCAUCGAUAGACAGAAACGAGUUAAUUAAGAGUUUCUCGAUCUUCAGUCAAGUCGACGUGAUGCCUUUCGCCAGGAAACGUUUUCUAGUAGCUGUCCCAAAUCACGGAAGCGCUCUGUCCAUAUUGCAGCACUUUAAGGACAGCAAAGAAUUCCAAGUGGUUAGGUACAGUCGCAUAUGGCACGCCACGCCUAUCACUAUCUGCUUAUGGAGCGGAGUAGUCCUGUCUGGAGGUAUGGCCUGGAUGAUAAAACAAAUGUUUCUAAAAGCUUCAGUACCUGACUCUUAGUUAAUAGUAUUCAUAAUUGCAUCCAUCCAUUAAGCACACUCGUGAUCGACGGCAGGGACUUCUGACUUGCAAUCACGAAUAAUAAUAGCAAUACAUAGGCAUAAACGAAUGUACAGAUUGUGAUAACUAUAGAAAUAUUUGUUAUAAUAAAGUACGACGCUUGUUUCUACAAAAGUU